UUACUGAUUAUUUAUGAUAAUAAUUACUCCAAAAAUUUAAAAGAAAAUCAAACACUAGUUAGGCCGCGCCUAUGGAGCGCAACCAUUUGGUCUGAAUAAAAGUAGAAGCCAACCAAUAAAAGAAAAGAUUAAUAAAUAAAAGUUUGAAAUAAGAAGAGACGAAGCCACAUGCCUCGGACCAAAGUUACCGUUAAGUCUUCGUGCCAGACUUGGAAGUAAAUCGUUUUAUUCUCAUAAUCCAACGGUCAUAUCUGAUCCUAGCCGUCCAUUUAAAAAAUAAAAUAAAAAUUACACUUAUUUCUAUUUUGAUUUAUAUUCGUCAAUUCAUAGUCACUUGCCUAUAUCAACCCCUUGGUCAGAUUCGACUGUAUCAGAGUAUAAAGAUUCUCUUUCGCUUAAUGCUCUUCCUCUAGUCUCUCUGGUGGGUUUUCUCUCGGAAGAAUUAAAACGAACAAAAAUGGUUAAUUCCUGUGAGAACAACAUCGUUGUUGAAGCCACUACAACGUCGGUUCUUCAAGAUGAAACGACAAGUAGAAAGUUCGGACAAGAGAUGAAGAGAGAGAAGAGAAGAGUUCUAGGUGUGAUUAAUCAUAAUGUGGUUGGUGCAAGAGGUGUUGUCAACAAGAGAGGCAACUUAUCUAAAUCUAGAGUUGAAGAGCCCUUGUAUCAUCAGGAGGAUGCGAAGAAGCUGAAGACAUCAGUUCCAAGUGAAAACUAUUUCGGCGACUCUAUAUUCAUUGAUGACGAAGAAGAAGAAGAAGAAGCUACAUUGGACCAUACAAUGCCAAUGUCUCUGGAGAAGCCAUACACUGAAGCUGAUCCAAUGGAGGAAGUUGAGAUGGAGGAUGUAAUAGUGGAAGAAGAACCAAUCUUGGAUAUAGAUUUAUCUGAUGCCAAGAACUCACUUGCAGCUGUUGAGUAUGUCCAAGAUCUAUACUCAUUUUACCGCACAAUGGAGAGGUUUAGCUGUGUUCCAGUAGAUUAUAUGAUGCAACAAAUGGACUUAAACGAGAAGAUGAGAGCAAUACUAAUCGACUGGUUAAUCGAGGUGCAUGACAAGUUUGAUUUGAUGAAGGAGACAUUGUUUCUGACGGUGAAUCUGAUAGAUAGAUUCUUGUCCAAGAAAGCUGUUAUGAGAAAGAAGCUUCAGCUGGUAGGGUUAGUGGCUUUGCUCUUAGCUUGCAAGUACGAAGAGGUUUCGGUUCCUGUUGUUGAAGAUUUGGUACUUAUUUCAGACAAGGCUUAUACGAGGAACGAUGUUCUAGACAUGGAGAAAACAAUGUUGAGCACGUUGCAAUUUAAUGUCUCGUUGCCUACGCAAUACCCGUUUCUGAAAAGAUUCCUUAAGGCAGCUCAAGCAGACAAGAAGUGUGAGAUGUUGGCAUCGUUCUUGAUCGAGCUUGCUCUUGUGGAGUACGAGAUGCUUCAGUUUCAACCGUCAUUACUAGCUGCAACAGCUGUGUACACUGCUCAAUGUACAGUUGGUGGUUUCAGGCAAUGGAGCAGUACAUGUGAAUUCCACUCUCAUUACUCUGAAGAUCAACUCAUAGAGUGUUGUAGGAAGAUGGUGAGUCUUCAUCAGAGGGCACCUACGGGGAAAUUGACAGGAGUAUAUAGGAAGUACAACACUUCCAAAUUUGGGUACAUAGCAAAGUGUGAAGCUGCACACUUUCUGGUGUCUGCCUGAUGAGCCAAAUGACAACAAUUACUAGUUUGUACAGCUCAUGUUGUCAUAAUUCCUUAUUUGCUUUGAAGCAACAGUCAAAAAUUGCUCUAUUAGCCUUAAUUGGAAUAAAGUUUCCUCUCUUUUCCACCA